CAGAAAUGACGUCAAAGUUUUGAUCAAGAAAUUCGAGGACUACUACAAGCCAGCAAACAACUUAACCCUCCACGAAUUCCGCUUUGGUUCAAGGGACCAGAAAGAAGGCGAACCAUUUAAUGACUGGUUGAUCGAACUGAAAAUUUUAGCCAAGAACUGUGAAUUCGGACUUCUAGAAGACCGUAUGCUACGCAGCCGUAUCGUUCUAGGCGUCCGAGACAAGCGUUUGCAGCAGAAACUGUUAGCGGAAAACCCUUCUUACCAAAAAACGGUAGAAAUUUGCCGCAUUGAAGAGCAAGGGAAGCAGCACUUCCAAGAGAUAAGCGCAGCAACAGGCGGAGCGCAAACUACGAUAGUGAACUCGGUUGCGACGGAAAAGAAGCUGUGCAGUAGGUGUGGCUACCAGAUGCAUCUUGGUGGAAAUUGUCCAGCGAGAGGAAAGACUUGCAGGAAGUGCGGUGCACAGAACCAUUUUGCCCAGGUUUGCAAAUCAGUCGGCGCCACGCAUAACGCCAGCCGUCAAGGAAAAGAGCUACGGGAGGUACGGGCCGAGACAGACGAUUUUUUUCUUGCGGGGCUAGCGAUAAACUCGCUUGAAGUUGAUAAAUGGACAGCAACAGUUUACAUCGAAGGCCGACCUGUCACGUGCAAACUGGACACAGGAGCGAACUGUUGCGUUAUCUCCAAAAACGAGCUGGAAAGGUUACCUGCUAAGCCAAAGGAAGCCUGCAAGGUGACUCUAACAGCGUUCUUUGGUCACAGGACUACGGCACAAGCAAAAAUCAAGCUUGUGCUUUACGCUAACAACAAAAAAUGCGAAGAACAAUUUUUCGUCGUCGAGCACGAUGUUCCAGUCACGCUCAGCGGGGCAGUCGCGGAACGCCUGGGGUUUAUAUACCGCAUACAGAAAGUCUCCAGUGAAGAACUAUAUCGCCCAGCCCAACCUUUCGCAGAUGUUUUCAGCGGGCUAGGACAACUUAAAGGCGUGGAGUACUCGAUGAAGCUGAAACCCGGCAGCGCGGGAACCGUCGUGCCUGCUAGGAGGGUCCCCAUCGCCCUGCAAGACAAAGUUCUGGCAGAACUGCAGCGCAUGGAGCAGCAGGGCGUCAUUACAAAGGCGGAGGUUCGCUACUUGGGACACAUCCUCACUACGCAAGGCCUGCGCAUCGACCCGGAGCGUGUUCAGGACAUUCUGGAAAUACCCGAGCCUAAGACCAGUAAGCAACUGCAAAUUUUUCUCGGCACAAUGAACUAUGUACAGCGUUUCAUUCCCAACAUGUCUGUCUUGACGGAACCGCUAAGAGAACUACUGAGAAAAGAUAACGCAUGGGUCUGGACAGAAAAACAACAGGCCAGUUUUGAAGCACUGCGCCAGGCACUGAUAACAGCGCCGAUUCUUUCCUACUUCGACCCGAAGAAGGCAGUCACGCUUUCUGUCGAUGCUAGCCAGUCGGGCGUAGGGGCUGUUUUGAUGCAAGACGGCCAUCCCGUAGCCUUCUCGUCCAGAUCUCUAACAGAGGCACAACAGCGUUAUGCGCAGAUUGAAAAAGAAACGCUUGCGAUAGUACAUGGGUGCACGAAGUUCCAUGAUUAUAUUUUCGGCCAAGCAGACGUGAUCGUCGAAACGGAUCACCGGCCUUUGAUACCGAUCUUCACCAAGCCCCUGCAUCAGUGCCCACUUCGUUUGCAGCGAAUGCGCCUCAGCUUGCAGCGUUACGCAAUAACUUUGCAAUACAAACCGGGUAAAGAGCUAUUCCUAGCGGACGCGUUAUCGCGGUUUCCUAAUAAGAGGGCACUGGAAGAAGAAACAGAGCAGUUUCAAGUGAAUGUGCUUGACUAUGUUUCAGCGUCGGAACACCGCUUGAAAACCUUGCGGGAUGCGACAAACGAGGAUCCGGCACUUAUCAUCAUCCGUGAAUACGCAGAGACGGCGUGGCCGGAGCACAAGCAUGGUGUCCCAGAGCCGGGAAGGCCAUACUGGACCUACAGGGAAGAAGUUCACGCACAAGAUGGGCUUGUCUUCCGAAGCAACAAGAGGCUCAUGGGGCGGCAGACCCGGACCCUCCUGCCGGUACCAACAAUUCACCUGGAGCCAGAGGCCAUACCCAGCAAGGAGGUCCACGACCGUCUCCAGACGAUCCGGCGCCGGCAAAAGAUCCACUACGACCGCAGCGCCAGGAACCUUUCCCCGCUGACGCCGGGACAACGCGUAACGACGUACGACACUCUCCAGAGAACCUGGGCUCCAGCUAUUGUUCUAAGGCCAGCCGAAACGCCAAGAUCUACGAUUGUGAAGACCGAAGACGGUCAUGAAAUCCGUCGCACAAGAGAACACCUGCGGGAGGCAGCACCUCAACCGGAGCCAGAAUCAACCUCGCAGGGGCCUUCAGAAGACGACCUCCAGCCUGGACAACAGCAGUUACGCAGGAGCACAAGAUUGCGUCGGGAACCCUGUCGAUACCCGUUGCCAGAUGAAACUUCUAGACCUUAUCAUCAUUAAAGGGGAGAUGUGGCCAUAUCACACUGUCAUUCUGAUAGCGCCCAGACUGUUAACAUGUGACGCCUACGUCACCCCUUUCCAAGUGUAUUUAUAUCGCUCCCUCUCAUGAAUAAACGCCUUUCGUUACCGGA